AUGAGAAAUGUUGACUAUAAGCAGGCUCGGCAUUUUGAAGUUUAUCUUUCAACUUUCAGAAAUAUCCUGGGCAUUGACAAAGAGAGGAUGAUUGCCAGAUGUGAACCCCUAGUCAGCAUGGGGCAGAUUAGCAGAGUUAGUGCCCCAAUGAAUCUUACCUUUGUUGUGGUUGCUGAGCAUGAAGAUCUUAUUGGUGGCCUCAUCAAUGGUUAUGGAAUUGAAGGAAGCUCUCACAUUUAUGGCUUAUUCUCUAACACUGAUGUGGCUUAUGAAAUCAUUUUGGCUGAUGGACAGCUAGUUAGAGCUACCAAAGACAAUGAGUACGCUGAUCUUUUCUAUGCUAUUCCAUGGUCUCAGGGAAUACUGGGGCUUCUUGUUGCCGCUGAGAUCAAGCCUAUACCCAUUAAGGAAUACAUGAAGUUGACUUACAAACCAGUAAUGGGAAAUCCGAAAGGCCUUGCACAGCUGUGUGUAUGGCGGGGACUCUCAUAUGCUGAAGCAACAUGGGAGAAAGAUGUAGAUAUUGCAUUUGCUCAAGAUGCUAUUGAUGAGUACAAGGCUCGUGAAGCUGCAGCUGCUAUCCAAGGGAAAAUGGUGGACAUACAGCGUAAGGUGAAUAGAGCAAGUCCAAAGAAGCUUGAUGAGGAGCCUGGUUGGUUAAAGGGAGGACAACUUCGUGAUUGCAGUCAUUGA